CAAUACCUCUGCUGUACAAAACAAGACCAGCGUCAAACCAUGUUUGUUCUGGCUCUGCUCACCUGUAUUAUGCUGAGAGCAUUCAGUGCUCAAGCAAAAGUGGUCAUGUGCUUCGAAGAGUGUAAAGAGAGUUUCUACAAAACUACAGAACCAAGAGGAAUGGAUCCGAACGGCAAGAAAAUCUGUCAGAAGCAUGAACAUGGAGGGUUUAUUUAUGCCACGCUGUACUCAGUUUCUGACAGGAUUCCCCUCUACAGCGCCUACACAUUUGAUCCUGCGUGCUCAAGCACUGCUGGAAGGACAGACGAUUGGUACAUCGAGCCACAGAUUUCCCAACCUGAUUCCCGAACUGAAUAUAUGGUCCGUGAGAAGGAAUUAGAUGAAGAUAAUGUAAAAAGAUAUCAAGCCAUCAGCAGCGACUACAGCGACACCGGGUAUAUUCGUGGACAGCUAAACCCAAGCAGCUUCCAAUGCAAGGACGGCCUUAAGGCAACGUUUACUCUGACCAAUGCAGCACCUAUGGACGCGUGUUUUAACCAUGCCUACUGGAAGAGUUGGGAGAGCGCUCUGAGGAGUUUUUUAAAAACCAAGCUCGACAGUGACGGUGGUUCUGCGGCAGUCUACAUUGUCACAGGUACGGUAACUGUUGCAAAUGUAAAGAUUCCACAAAAGGAAAUCUCUGAAGACCCUGAAAGGGUGACCGUGCCCUCUCACAUCUGGACGGCCGUCUGCUAUAAACACCACAGUGAUGACACAAAGUCUUUCUCCUUCGGCUAUGUGGGGGACAAUCAGCCGGAAGGUAGCGUAAGCCUGAUGAGCGUUUCAGACCUGAACAAGCGGCUCAGUGAGCUCUCAAAAACUCAGUCAAUUAGCAUUUUUGUUGAUGAUUGUUCUGGUGACCGUGAUAAAUUAAAUAUGGUUCAGGGUGUGUUUGACAAAUUCAUGAAUGUGCCAGGACUCCAGGUGACCUCAGAUGUGCAGAACACACUCGGAGCACUGAGAAGGGCUGUCAACAGUGGCUACAUAUCAUCUGUAAACAGCAUCAAGAUGAGUAAGUUGACAGGAGAAUUAACUAUUGACAGCAUGGACGCUUAUGUCAAUGUGACGGAAGAGCUGAAAGAUUUGGCUGGAAUUGCUUGUCUUAUAACUAAAGUCAAACCAGCAAAUGUGUCCGGGCUGUCAGAUGCUGUUGAAUGCCUGUUGGUCCCAGAGAAGCAGAUGACUGCAGCCGAUGGAUCGCACUGCUCAAGCGUCUCAGAAUCGAGUAGUGGCUGUGAAUGUGACACAGGAGGUGAAACCAAGCCCUGCUGCUCCUCUCCCUGCCUCUACCAGCACACACUCAAUUCCUACAGGUGUUACUCAGGCCAAAAGCUGAUACCAUGCUCUCCACGGUACUCGCUCAUCACGGCUAAUGGAGCGAGAUGUUUGGAUGAUCACCCAUGCGCCACUUACGAUAAGGACUACUACUGGUGCAACACCACCUCUGGCAGCUGGGACUACUGCAGCCCUCCGCUAUGGAGAAGUAAGACUCUGAACGGGAAGUACUGCCGGAGCAACCAUGCUUGUGCUAAAUAUGGUAAAGACCAGCUGUGGUGCUACACGGAUCAUGAAGGCAAUUAUGAUGAUUGCUGUAUUUCUUACGACUGCUACUCCACUGUGACUGGCCUGACCUGCAGGUCUGAUGACCCUUGUGGAGCACGUGGCUAUACUUACCCAUGGUGCUACACAGAUAGUAAUGGCAGCUGGAUUAAAUGUUGCAAAGAGUGUGUAAACCAGUAGAUGGUCUAAAGCGUAACCUUGCAAAUUCGCUCAUAAACCAGUCUCUCGCAUGCUUCUGAAAUUAACAGCAGCUUAAAAUGUACUUUUUUUUUUUCUGAUGAUUUGUAUCCAAAAACAAAAAAAAUCAAUAAAAACAUCUAUGCAUC